UUAAGGUUAGGAAAUAGCAAAUAAACGUUUUGUUUUUCAGAAAUGUUAUGUUAUAGUGAAGUGGUAGAUUAAAAGUUUAAAAUGCAUUUAUUUUUUUGAACAUUAACAUAUCGUGUGGUGAAUAUACAAGUUUUGAUUUCAGUAAUACAUAAACAUAAUACACCAUAACAGGCCAAGCAGGGAUAAAGCCCAGAAGCUCAAAUUUCAACUCGAAAUUUUUGUCAUUUACACCCUACGUGCACUCAAUUCGUGGACACACUGUAUAUUAAUUAUGGAUGGAGGAGAAGACUGUUACGUGAACAGGCACCAAAAACAACAAAAUGGCGGGACAAAGGGAGAUUUUGGGGACAUGAGUUUUAUGAUGUUAGAUUAUAUAAAGGAAGCCAUGAAGUCAAUGGACAUGAUGCGAGGACAUCAAAUGUUAACAGACGUGGUGCUAGAAGUUGGUUGUGAACUUUUCCAUGCUCACCGAGUGAUUUUGGCUGCUGCCAGUCCUUAUUUUAAAGCCAUGUUCACUGGUGGCCUUAAAGAGUGCGAUAUGAAUAGAGUGAAAAUGCAGGGAGUUUCAGCAACCGUUAUGGCUAGACUUAUACAUUUUAUGUACACAGGAAAAAUACGUGUGACUGAAAAUACAGUGUGCCAACUACUGCCAGCUGCCACCAUGCUUCAAGUUCCAAAUGUAAUACAAGCUUGCUGUGAUUUUUUGGAAAGGCAACUGGAUCCAAGCAAUGCAAUAGGCAUAGCGAAUUUCGCUGAACAGCAUGGAUGUAUUGAAUUAUGUAAGAAAGCUAAUCAAUACAUAGAACGCAAUUUUUGUCAGAUAUGUCAGGAAGAAGAAUUUCUACAAUUAAGCAGCAUGCAACUCGUUAACUUGAUUAAAAAAGAUGAACUUAAUGUUCAAGAUGAGAAACAAGUCUACAACGCUGUUUUGAAAUGGGUUAGAUAUGAUGAAGACAAUAGACAUAGAAAAAUGGAAAAUAUCUUAAUUGCCGUAAGAUGUCAAUUUCUGCCACCUAAAUUUCUUAAUGAUCAAAUGACGAAUUGUGAAGUUAUAAAAAAAACACCUGCAUGUAAGGAAUAUUUAGCUCGGAUAUUUAAGGAUUUGACACUUCAUGUUCGGCCUGUUGUAAAGGAACGUUCUCCAAAUAUUCCAAGAGUUAUUUAUGUAGCUGGAGGAUAUUAUAGACAAUCACUUGAUAUUUUAGAAGGAUUUAAUGUAGAUGAAAAAACUUGGACACAAUUGGAUAGAAUUACAGUACCACGAUCUGGACUAGGAGGAGCAUUUUUAAAUGGAUCAUUCUAUGCAGUGGGAGGGAGGUAUAGCAGUCCCAGAAAUAAUUAUGAUUCCGACUGGGUCGACAAAUAUAAUCCUGUGAAAGAUAAAUGGAGACCUUGUAGUCCAAUGUCGAUGCCAAGGCACAGAGUUGGUGUAGCUGUUAUGGAUGGAUUGUUAUAUGCCGUUGGAGGCAGCGAAGGACCAAAAUAUCAUAGUAGUGUUGAAUGUUAUGACCCUGAGACAGACAGAUGGACUAUGGUUAAACAAAUGCAUUAUAAACGUUUAGCAGUAGGUGUAGCAGUGGUGAACAGAUUAUUAUAUGCAAUCGGGGGUUACGAUGGUGUAGAAAGACUAAAAUGUGCUGAAUGUUAUCAUCCGGAAAAUAAUGAAUGGACCAUGAUAGCACCACUGAAUAUUCAGAGAAGUGGAGCAGGAGUAGCAGCUAUAAAUCAAUACAUAUAUGUAGUAGGAGGUUACGACGGCGAGUCACAAUUAAAUUCCGUGGAAAGAUAUGAUACAGAAAAUGAUAUUUGGCAGUUUGUUUGUCCAAUGCGUAAAGCAAGAAGUGCCCUUAGUAUAACUGUUUUAGAUUGUAAGAUUUAUGCAAUGGGUGGAUACGAUGGGGAAAAUUUUUUGACUGAUGUAGAAAUAUAUGAUCCAGCGACAAAUAGUUGGGAGGAUGGUGUACCGUUGACAUCGGGCCGUUCUGGUCAUGCUAGUGCUAUUUGUUUCCACCCGCCUUGCACAGAAAGAUGUACAGUAUUAGCUAAACCGGAGUGUUCAACAUCUAAGUAGCAAAAUUAAUAGAUAUCCAAGUAUGAGAUCAGUUUUAUAUCCAUUAUGUUCUCCGUCAUAAUUGCCUUACCUCUGUUUCACACAAACGCUGAUGAUCAGUGCACUGACAAUUGGCAUUAUUCAGUUGCUAAUUUUCACGUCACUGCUCACUGCUAGUACAUCGAUUUGUAUAAGCACAGGCAAAUAUGUAGAAUAUUGGUCCCACAUAUCGCCAUUGACAUCAAGGGGGUAGUUUCUUCAACUGUAAAGAAAAUGAAAAAAAUAAUUUUUUUAAUAUUUUUGGUGUAGGAAUUAGUUGUGUUAAAUUGGUAAAUUAUUUUUCACUCGUAUUUGACUCAUUCUUUUUGUAUAAUUACACCGUCAAGUGAAAAACUAGAAAAAUCACUAGGUAGUUGCUGAACUAAUGGGAUGGCAUGCCUGUUAGCAAUUUCCAUGUGUGAAGUUAAGAGAUUAUUAUGUUAUAUUCGAUGAUUGAAGGAAACCACAGUUGCCAGAUUGGGCAAUUUAUCGCAAUUUAAGUGAUUUAUUGUAGAAAUUAUGACAAAAUUCCACAUAUGUACAAAACAUAUCUUUUAAAAUAAUUUAUAUGUCCAAUUAUAACUAUAUUGAAACUAUUGAGAAUCUAGAGUUUGAGAACCAGUACAGUUUUUUUAAUUUAUAAAACAGUAUUUAUAAUAUCGAAUUAUAAUUUUUUAGUUAAUUUUUUAUCUACGCCUAAAACCUUUUCAAGUUGGUCUAGCCAUAAAGUGCAAUUUUAUAAAGUCGUUUCCAGACAAAAAGUGUCACUUUUUAAAUGUCUUUAUGUUAUAUCCGCAAAUGCUUGCAAUCUCAAGUACUUCACGUCAGUUAUAAAGGGAUAGAAUGAAUCUGUGUUCGUGAAUUAAGAAAGGAUGUGAAGUAAUUGAGUCUGUGAAGUUUUUGAGGAUGUAAAAUAGUAUGACCUCUAAAAAGUGCCAAGUUAUUAAGAUUAAUGGAAAAUUUUAAUAUGCGGACAAAACCUGCAUUUUUAAAGCGUCAUUAUCUUGCUGCAAAGCAGGCACAUUCAUAAAAAUACAACUUUUUGGCCUUGGUACAUAAAUAACUAUUCUUAAUUUCCUUGCCUUUUAAGAUAUUAAGUUAAAAUUUGGCAUAGUCUUUUAUACUAUGCUGGUACAUGUUUCUCAUAAUUUUAAUAAAGAAAAGCAAAAUGUAAACAGAGGACAGAGAAAAACGAUUGAUCUAAAGAACAAUACCUUUGAAUCAUAGGCAUAGAUGGGAAGAAGUUGAAGAGGUCAAUGUUUACUGCAACUUCCUUCUAUUCAUGCUUCAAGUUGCUUUUAAUAAUUUUUUUAUAAAUUUUAAAUUUGACUACGUAUUUUGAAAAAGAAGCGUUUAAAUCAAAAUUGAUCUGAAUCCAAAAAUUGCAAACCUAAAUAUACUAUACAAAUGGUACAAAGUUAGUUGGAUUAUAAAAAAUAGAAUUUUAGAUUUUAAUUUUGUUUAAUUGUUUUAUUUGAAUUAACAAUUCUAUUCUUUUAAUCCCUUAUAUCUACAUACAUGGCCCACCAUGCAAUUGCCUUCUAGCCUGCGUUCCAGUUUGAUAUUGACUAAAAGUUACUCUAUUCAAAAUUAAUAAUUCGUUGCAAGUGCCGGAAGUGCUAUUUGAGAUAUUUUUGAGGAAAGUAAUAUAAAGAAAAUUCAUCACAAGUAUCUUUCUUGUGAUAUAUCAUAGUACAUACUAAUUAGCAUCGAUGUGAAUCUUGCAUAACCUUAAUAUGUACCUUAGUUCCAAAAAAUGUCCCAAAAAUUUCUAAAUUUUAGUGCAUUUGAAAUUUUCGUUUAGUGGCACAUUUUUAAAUUUUGCAAGGGUUUAAACGAGAUAAAAAAAAAUUACUUUUAUUUUCUGAUCUUUAGCGCCGACAAAUAUUUUUGAAACACUUGACAUUUGUAUCUCUAGACAAACUGGACAUGAUCACAUAAAGCUGCAGAUAUGGCAACAGCUAUCGAUACUCUUUUGUCAGGGUUCAUUUUGUUCUGUACCUUCUGUACCUACACUUGUUCUUCAUCUGAACAUGUGAAAAAAAUCAAAUGCUGACCGUCAGCAUCCAUGUGAAACAGGGAUUAGAAAUUGGAAUGGUUUAGGGUUCCCUUAGAAUGAAAAAUUUUUAAAAGUUAGAAGGGAAUGAUCAAUAAAAUAAUAUUUGCUCAUUAGACAUAUUGUCAGACCAAAUUAAUACAUUAAGACAAAAUUUGCUUUUUGGAAUAUGGAGUAAACUCAUUUUGUGUUUUAGUUCUAUUGUAAUGGUGAAAAUGUUAUAAAGGGCUUCAAAAUAAUCAUGAAAACAGAAAAUUGGUUUUUAGAAACUAAAAAUCAGACUUGAGUAGGUAUGUAUUACAAAAGAGUUACUCAUAACCUUAGCCUUUGCUCACAGUUUAGAGACAGCUUAUAGCAUCUUCGUCCCAGGACACUUUUUUAUUAUUAUUAAUUAUAGUCAUUACUUAGGUAUGUUCUGUUGCAACAGUCUAUGUAAUGACUUGUCUCUAAUGAUGACAUGGAUCUUUGGAUAUUACCGCUUCGAUUGAAAUAUUCCUUGGAUGUUAGUGGCAUAAGCUCAUGACAGUUGACAAUGAUGAGCAUUGGGAAUAACUCUCUUGUUCUAUAUACUAAUGGUAUAAUUAAUACAAAAAAAAAUCUGCUUUAUUUCAAAUUUAAAAUACAAGUAAAAACUAGUUGUAAUAAGUAAAA